CAACCAACCAAACACAAUGUCUUCCUCCUCCAUCAUCAAAUCUAUCGGCGCCUUGAAGCCAACCCUCGAUCGUGUCCUCGUCCAGCGUUUGAAGCAAAAGACUCAGACCGCAUCCGGUUUAUACAUCCCGGACGCUAACCAGCAGAAGUUGAACGAGGCUACCGUUAUUGCCACCGGUCCAGGCUACCCAACCGAGUCUGGUGUUGUUACCCCAGUUGGUGUCAAGGCCGGUGACUCUGUCUUGAUUCCAGCCUUCGGCGGUGAGGUCAUCAAGGUCGGUGGGGAAGAGUACACUUUGUUCAGAGACAGAGACAUCUUGGCCAAAAUCGAAAACUAAGCUCAACGUCCUUGUUUCAUCGAGCCAACUUCCUGUAAAUAUACAAUGUUUUGUUACCUCUCUGUAGAUGGCAUCGGAGUGAUAAAUACAACCCUAGAUCCUUGGAAUCUGGACACAUUCUCACUGAAGCGAUAGAAUCUGUUGGUUACCUAAAGCGUUAUAUAGUCUAUUAUUUGGGUUCGGAUAGUCACACUUUAAGGACCGUCGGGGUGCUUGAAUUGUUAGUAUUUGGACUAGACACAGAAGAGCUACAAAUGGAAUUUAAC